AUGACCGACAUAAUGGAAGAGGACCCUUCGUCUGGGAUGCAGUCUUCUGAGGAGGAGGUACCCGUGGAGUCCCUGAUCAGAGGGCGCGCGAAACGAAGCACGGCAGGACUACACAUGUCCGCUCUGCUGGAAGCUGCCGCAGACGACGACCUAGCACUACUUUUUGAGGAAGUCGAAGACGACAAUGAAUUCGCGGACGAGAUAGACCCCGAAGUCGAGGAGGAUGAAGGACUGGAAUCGUCGGACGACGAUGACGACCAAGGACCGAACGCGACGAAUGACUACGAGGGCGAACAGCAACUACAGAAAGACGAGCGCAAGAAGCGCAAACAGCAGAAUGACCUCCGGUUCCAGACCCUACGCAAGCGAGUCAAGAUCGAUCCGACCGCCGUCAAUGCCGUGCCCGCCGCCCCUCCUCGUCCGAAGAAGAAGUCGGAGCGUAUCUCAUGGAUUCCCACAGUGGAGGAUGGGCCUACCCGGCAGUCUUCACGUCGCCAAACGAUGGUGAACAAGGAAAUGACGCACGCGCGUCUCAAGGACAGUCAGGAGAAGCGGGUGCGCAUUAUUGCUACCAUGAAGGAAGCCGAGAAGCGCAAGGCCCAUCUGAAGCCGAAGAAGAUGACACAGGAGGAUCACCUGGCGGAGGCUGCGAGAGUGGAGCGCCUCAACAGCAAGAGCUUGAACCGCUGGGAGCAGACCGAACGAAGAAAGGCAGAUGAACGACGAGCGAGAAUCGAGGCACUCCAAAACCGCCGUCUGGAUGGCCCGGUUCUAUCCUAUUGGAGUGGUGUGGCCACAUGGACCAAUGGGCGUCUCACGCGGGUCGGCAAGAUCGAUAUUAAACCGAAGCCCGACAAAGAAGAGGCCAAGAAGAAAAAAAAGGAGAAAGAAGACAAAGAAAAAGCGGCGGCGGAUCAGUUGGCCCUGCAGUCUAUUCCUGUCUUCGGGCCUGCACCUUUCCCAGGCUCAACACAACCUCUACCAAACCCAAACUUUUCUGUUGCGAAUACUGUUGCACCCGUUACGCCGGGGACAGCAGAUCAGCCAAUUCCGACUCCUACCAUUCCCACACCUACGGAUCAAAAGCCGGCUGGGGACAAGCCACCAGAAAUUGUCGCAACACCAACUUCUGAAAACAAACAAACAUCUGUUACAUCUGCUGAGACAAUUGCCAAUGUUGAUACAUCAUCAGAAACGCAGGCCAGUGCAGCUAUACCUUCCGAGAAUGACAAGGGCAAUGCAGUGGAAAAGCAAACUGCAGAAGAGGAGACAAAUUCAACGACACCGAUUUCAGAGAAUAAUGAAAAAGUGCCAGACCCGAGGAAACAGCCAGAGAAGAGACAAUUUGCUGUGGAGAUCCCAGCUCGCCGUUUAUCGGGACCUACAAAUAAUGGCUCUACUCAAACAGUGCCGGAGCCAACCUCUGCCAAGGACGACGAUGCUAUGGAUGUUGACCAACAUUCAGCGCCUACAGAUGUUCCCGAGGACAAUCAAGCGAAAGAGCCGGCCAAAGCAAACCUAAUGUCUUCGGAUAAUGCAGGUGCCCAACCAGUUUCGGCACAGGAACCCAAAGCAGACCCAGCCGGGCCGAGUCUUCAAGAACAACCACCGGCGGGCGCAUCACAGCCUGUGGAAUCUGCCACUCCCGUCAGCACAGGAGUUGUACUGGCCCCUCAUAUAUCGACUGCAGCAGUUAGUUCAGCCACGGUGCCCGAGAAUGCCUUGCUCCAAACUCAACCGCAACAAAGAUGGCAGCCCGGAUUACAACAUCCAAAUGUGAUGGGACCAAUACAGCCAGGGCCAGUUCAGACAGGACAGCCAGCGAUCCCACCAUCUCCUCCAGUAAUUGAACACACCGGGCGCACAUUAACCAUCCUCGAGAACUUCGACCAUGCGACCGCCCACAGUCGCAAAUACAGCAUGUACUUUAACGCCAAAAAGCCACCGCGUUUGACAAAAAUCUCGUCAUCUCUUUGCGUCAUCACUUCCAUGCCAUCACGAUACCGCGACUCAGACACAGGCCUCCCAUACGCCAAUUCCUACGCCUAUGGACAAAUCCGCCGCCUCCUAUCCGAAGGAUGUAUCUGGAGCUCGAUGCUAGGCUGUUUCGUAGGUCCAGCCGAUGGUGCCGCGCGAGGCGUGCCCGAGCGAUUUUCAGGAAAAGUAGGACCGGCUUCCGUCGCAGCCCCAGUUACGAAUUCAGUUCCAGAACCACUCCCGGUUCCCGGUCCAGGCCCAGGCACCGUCAAACCCCCAGCCCUAGAGGGCUCCAGAGAGAGCGAUGGAAAGGCCAAGGGCCAGGCCGAGUCGAUUCCAAAUAAGGCCGUUGCCGCGAAUGGCGAUCUCCCUACAGCCCAGGCUCCAGCGUCUGAGCCAAUGGACUUGGACAAAUAG